AUGACGAUGCCUUCCUCCCAAGACUCCGGAGUCACUGGCGCGGCGAAGUUUGUCACCUCUACCCUCGGAAAUACGGUUGGCGGAGUUUCUCGGACCGUAGGCGGCGUCACCGGAGCUGCAGGCCGAGGGAUCGGAGACACCAUCACCGGCGCAACAGGCAGUGCGGGCAAACCCGUGGGUGAUGCGCUGGGCAAUAUCGGAAGUGGCGUCGAGGAUGGGGCCCGCAAGGUCGCGCAGGGUGUUGAGGAUGCUGGGCAGUGGAAGUCUCGGGGCUGGUAG